GAAGAGAGAAAUGAUUAUCAAUCCUUUUUUUUUUCUUUCUUCAAUUGUUUCAAUCGUUUUCCUUUCCACCCCUAAGAUUUGAAAUAUUGCACUGAUGAACCCUAAUUGGCUAAUUCCCACACCCUGAAACGAGAGCAGUCCAAGUAGCGUUUCGGAAUGAGAUAUUGGUUCAUUUGAUUUGAUGUUGUUGUUGUUACUAUGGCACUCUGAGAAUUUUAGCUGAUUUAAGGAGGUUUCUUGGUUUCAAAAUGGACUGCAAUAAGGAAGAGGCCUUUAGGGCAAAAGCAUUAGCUGAGGAUAAGAUGAAGAAUGGUGAUUUUGUUGGGGCUCAGAAGCUUUUGUUGAAGGCUCAGGGUCUCUUCUCAGGUCUCGAGAGUUUACCGCAAAUGCUAGCUGUAUGUGAGGUCCAUUGUUCUGCCGAGAAGAAAAUCAAAGGUCUUGAGAACUGGUACGGUAUUCUUCAGGUUAUGCAUUUUGCUGACGAUGCUACAAUCAAGAAGCAGGUCAGGAAGCUCUCCUUGCUUCUCCAUCCUGACAAGAACCAGUUUCCCGGUGCAGAGGCUGCUUUCAAGUUGGUUUGGGAUGCUAACGGAUUUCUCGCUGACAGGGAUAAACGGUCUCAGUAUGAUAUCAGGCGCAGAAUCUAUUUACGGUUAGCUAAUCUCCAUUCGACUGUAAACUCUGGUGUACAACAACAAUGUGCACCUGCAAACAAUGCCAGUGAUAGUAAGAUCGACAGUGUUACAUUUUGGACAUGUUGUGCGCAUUGUGGCUAUAGGUAUAAAUACUUGAGAACAUAUGUGAACACUCUGAUGCGCUGUACCAUUUGUCAAAAUUCCUACAUGGCCUACGACACUGGAUUUAAUAGAGCACCACCUAAAUCAAACACUGGUCAAAAAGAAGUUCAAAAUCAGGGGCCGGGUAACACAUCUGUGAAUACAAAUGUGGAAUCUACUGCUGCUCAACCACGAACUGUAGCAGCUGAUGUCGUUAAGAAAGAAACUUUCAGCGAGAAAUUCAACAACAACAAUAAUGGAGGAGGCGAGAGCAGAAAAACUGAAGCGAAAAAACGCAAAGUAGAGGCUGAAACAUCCGUUAAGAAUUAUGUUGGAUCAAGUAAUGAGAGAAAGAGGAAGAGUGCAGCUAAACUACACAAGCCACAACCUGAGGUUACAGAACCUCAAAGGGGUGCAUCCAAUUCUGUACCUGAUGAGUCAGUUUCAAGGAGUGAUAAAGCACCUUCUGUGAGAGAGGACAAGAACAAGAGAAGAAAAUGUGUUGAGGAUCCCAUGGAGAGUAACAAUGUUGAUGCCUCUGAUAUUAUCAGGGAUAAAGCGGAUUCAAAAGAUAAUAAUAAGAGGAAAUCUCCAAGUAGAAGCCAACAGAGUUCUUACGCGGAGGAGGUAGGCAGUGAUGAUUUCCUAAGCCCUCCAAAAAAGAGGUCAAGGUCAAACAUUGGAUUAAAAUCUGAGCAAACUACAAAAAAAGGAUUCGGAGGUGUUGGAUCAUAUAAACGUCUUGAUUCUGGUGGUUCAUUUCCCCCUUCAUGUGUGUCUAAAGGAAAAGCUAAGAAAAAUUUGGAUUCUGGAUAUCAAGAAAUCUCAUCAACCAAAGGCAAAGAUGGUGACAAAUGUGAAGCAAAUGGAGAAGGAGUGGUUAUGGCAAGAAAGAUGGACAGUAACCACAACGCUAACAUUUUGCCUGAUCCAGAGUUCAAUAAUUUUGAACUGACAACAAACUGUUUUGCUGUCAACCAGGUGUGGUCUAUGUAUGAUCCGACUGACAGUAUGCCUCGGCUGUAUGCUCGGAUAAAGAAAGUGUUGGAUUCUGAGUUCAAGAUGUGGAUUACGUGGAUUGACCCACUGCAUGAGGAUAAAGAUAACUCAAUUCCCAUUGCUUGUGGGACUUUUCGGGAUGGUGAUUCACAAGAAGAAAACGACCACUUAAAAUUUUCUUGUCAGAUGUUUCACUUAACUCGCAACAAUAGCAUCGCCAUAUAUCCAAGAAAGGGAGAAGUUUGGGCAAUUUUCAGAGGCUGGGAUAUCAGUUGGAGUGCUCACUCAAAAAAUCAUAAACAGCCUUAUGAAUAUGACUUUGUUGAAGUUCUGUCUAAUUUUAAAGAUGGCGUUGGUCUUGGAGUGGCCUAUCUGGGAAAAGUGGAAGGGUUUGUCUCCCUCUUUCGCCAAGAGGCACAGUAUGGAGUUCUCCAACUUCAAAUUCUGCCAAGCGAGAUGCUGAGGUUUUCGCAUAAAGUCCCGUCAUUCAAAAUGACUGGAAAGGAGAGAAAAGGUGUUCCUCCUGGGUGCUUUGAAUUAGACACUGCUGCUUUACCACCAGAAGAAUUGUUCGAGGGUGAUAAUUCUAAGGCUGAUGUUGGGUUGGAUAGAGAAAGGCCGGAUGGUAAAACUAUUGGUCCUUUUCCUGAAGCUUCCAAGGUUGACAUGCAGGCAGAUAAGAGCAGUCUAUUUGAAAAGAAACGUCCAAAAGUCAAUGACAAUCAUGGUUCAUUAUCCAGUGAAUCUGAUGGUAGACGCACUAAUCAUGACAUGAACUCAGUGAAGAAGUCAAGAAAGAGUGUGAAAGCAGUAGAUGACUUGAAACUGCGAAAAUCUCCUCGUCUGUUGAGUCAAACAAACAGUCAAGUAACUUCACGGUCAGGCGGAGAAAUAGCUGAGAAGAAGAGUUCUAAAAAUGGUGAAUACUGUGCACAACCAGGUGGGUUUUACAAACUGACAGGGAGCCUAAAGAAAGAUGGGAGAAAUGAUGAUUCUGCUGCGAAAAGCCCAGAACCAGAGACUCUUGUGCCAUCCAAUUGCCAAACCGAGAAAGAAAACAAUUUCAACUUUGAGAAGCAGAGAUCUUGGGACAAAUUCCAGAUUGAUCAAAUAUGGGCCAUUUAUAGCAAUGACAAAGGGAUUCCCAGAAAGUACGUUCAGAUCAAGGUAAUCGACAAUAUCCCUGAAUUCAAGUUACAUGUAGCACCUCUAGAGCUGUAUCGCCUUCCAAUACACAUGGCACGACCCGUGUGCUGUGGCCGCUUCAAAUUGAAAACCGGUAAAGCAGAAGUCCUUUCACCUAGCAGCUUCUCACAUCAGGUUAAAGCCGUGAAGAGUAAAAAGAACAGAUUCGAAGUAUACCCAGGGAAGGGUGAGAUCUGGGCUCUGUACAAGAACUGGAAUACCACAAACUUUGCUGAGGCUGAAGAACUUGAGAUUGUAGAAGUAGUGGAAACCGACAAGCAGAGGAUACAAGUGGUGUCUUUGAUUGCGAAAGAGUUCAAUAACAAGCCUUUCUACGAAAGGAGUCAACAGUCAAAUGCUGGUUGUGUAGUAGACAUUCCAAAGACUGAAGCGUGUCGGUUCUCGCUCUCGCAUCAGAUUCCUGCGUUCAGACACGAGAGAAGCGUGACACCGUGUGGUGAUGGUGAAUACUGGGAGCUUGACCUGAAAGCAGUUUGGGGUCUCAACUCAAAGAACACAUAGGUCUCUCUUCCUUUUGUCAAUCGCACAUAUCUUUUGCGACAUAAUUUGGAGAAUGUGUUGGUGUCACUAAGUUGGAAUAUACGUUAGUGUUGAUCAGACUAUGCCGAAGCAACGAUGUUAGUAAAUUUUUAACAUGUUGGGUGAUAA